AUGAGCGUGAAGACGGUAGAAACCAAGCCCUACACCGAUCAGAAGCCGGGCACAUCUGGCCUGCGCAAGAAGGUCAAGGUGUUUCAGCAGCCAAACUAUUCUGAGAAUUUUGUUGCUGCCAUCCUGCUGUCGAUACCAGAAGGUGCUGAGGGCAGCACUCUGGUUGUCGGCGGUGACGGGCGCUUCUGGAAUCCAGAAGUGACACAGCUGAUUGCGAAGAUCGGCGCUGCGUACGGCGUGAAGAAGCUCAUCAUUGGCCAGAAUGGCAUCUUGAGCACCCCAGCUGCCAGUCACAUCAUUAGGAAACGGAAGGCCACUGGUGGCAUUCUGCUGACGGCCAGCCACAAUCCCGGAGGACCGAACGAAGACUUUGGCAUCAAGUACAACUUGGCAAACGGCGCUCCGGCGCCGGAGAGUGUCACCAACAAGAUUUACGAGACCUCCAAGACCCUCACCUCGUACAAGAUUGCCGACAUUCCUGACGUAGAUCUGUCCACGAUUGGCACAAAGGAGUACGGGCCACUGACGGUCGAGAUCAUUCAUUCGACAGAGGACUACGUGGCGUUUAUGAAAGAGAUCUUCGACUUUGAUCUCAUUCGCUCCUUCCUCCGCUCACAUCCUGACUUCAAGGUUCUGUUCGAUGCACUGAACGGCGUGACGGGGCCGUACGGCGUCGCCAUCUUCGAGCAGGAGUUGGGCUUGAAGGAUAGCACGCAAAAUUGCAUACCCAAGCCAGACUUUGGUGGCCACCACCCUGACCCCAACCUGGUGUAUGCGCACUCGCUCGUCGAGGUUGUCGACAAGAACGGCAUCCAGUUUGGCGCUGCUUCCGACGGCGAUGGAGACCGCAACAUGAUCUACGGCGCAAAUACUUUCGUCUCUCCUGGCGACAGCUUGGCCAUAAUUGCCCAUCAUGCCAAGCUUAUUCCCUGGUUCAAGAACCAGGGUGUCUACGGUCUGGCUCGCAGCAUGCCGACCUCUGGCGCUGUUGACCUCGUCGCGAAGAAGCAAGGUCUUAAGUCUUACGAGGUCCCAACAGGCUGGAAGUUCUUCUGCGGCCUCUUCGACGCCAACAAGAUGAACAUUUGCGGUGAGGAGUCCUUUGGCACUGGCAGCAACCAUAUUCGCGAGAAGGAUGGCCUGUGGGCCAUCGUUGCCUGGCUGAAUAUCCUUGCUGGUGUAGGUCAAGAGAAGGGCAUCACUCCGUCAAUCAAAGACAUCCAGAUGGACUUCUGGAAAACGUACGGCCGCACUUUCUUCACGCGCUAUGAUUACGAAGGCUGCGAAACCGAAGGUGCGAACAAGGUAGUGGCACACAUGAAGGAGCUUAUCACCACUAAAAAGGCUGAAUUUGUUGGCUCGUCCAUUCAAGGCCGCAGGGUAACCGAAGCAGACGACUUUUCGUACACCGAUCUCGAUGGUAGUGUGAGCAAGAAUCAGGGUAUCUUUGUAAAGUUUGACGACGGCACUCGUAUCGUAGUUAGAUUGUCUGGCACUGGCAGCAGCGGGGCAACGAUCCGUCUGUACAUAGAGAAGUAUGAGAGCGACGAGAGCAAGUAUGGUUUGGACGCGCAGGAAUACCUGAAGGAGGCCGUUGCCUUGGCAGUGGAGCUCCUCAGGUUGCAGGAGUUCAUUGGCCGAACUGAACCCGACGUCAAAACGUAA